UUAUCUGACGCAACAGUUUCCGGUGUGGAAAGUCAAAGAACGAAGCGGUGUAGUUGAGACGAUCAUAACAGAGAAUCUUUGACCCGAAGUUUGACAUUGGUAGAAUAUAUAAUCCUAAAAGCAUGGCUUCUCUGAAUUUGAACGCGUUAAAGCAGAUAAUGAGAGCGAUGGUAGACAACCCGGGCUUCGACAGAGUCCUGAGCAAGGUGGACGUUGUGUCAGCCACCCCGGGUAAGGUGGUGUGUGGGAUGCGGGUGGAAGAGGAGCACACUAACCGGGGAGGGACGCUGCACGGCGGGCUGACAGCCACCCUGGUCGAUGUCAUCUCCACCAUGGCCAUCAUGUACAGCGAGAGGGGAGCACCAGGAGUCAGUGUGGAUAUGAACAUAACGUACAUGAACGCUGCGAAGAUGGGAGAGGACGUACUCAUCACUGCUCAGGUCCUGAAGCAAGGACGGUCACUGGCGUUUGCCACCGUAGACCUCACCAACAAGGCAACGGGGAAGAUCAUUGCUCAAGGGAGACACACCAAACACCUUGGCAGCAGCUAAACUUCUCUUCUUCUCACAAUUGUCAUCCUCUACUGAGUGAAAAUGUAAAGCAGCGUGUUUGUACAGUUUGCUAAAACACAUUUUGUAAAUGUAGAAGUUGUAACAGGGGUAGGCACCACAACUCCAUAACCGUCCUCAUUGCUGGUUACUUAAUGACUCGUGUUGUUAAGGCUGUUACAUAUUUAUCAUGAACAGAGACUGAUUUAAGGUCAGAGGCCUUAUCCAACUACUGUAUCAAUGAUUUAUGCAAAUGCAAUAAACAAAUGGACAAAGAGUUCUGCUUUCAGAAUUUGCACUGUAUUGGGAUAUGCUCAGCAGUAUUGAUUUGAGAACCAACAGAAAAAAUAACCCUUAAACCCUUUCAACUGAACACACUGAAUCAACAAGGAGCAAAAUUACAUGUGCUAUGUGCUUUGUUUUUUUUUUUUUUUGUUUUUUUUUUUUUGUUUUUUUGUCAAGCAAGCCUGCAAAACCCAAUUUUAAUUUGAUGAGUAUGGCAGCAAAUUAUCUUCAUUUUAGUAGGUCAAAUUAAACAAAUCAGUUAGCUCUCAGCGUAUUUUGUUAGGCAUGUUAAUCAUUAAAUCUCACCGUUUCAGAUUCUCACCAACCCACAUCCCAAAGAAAACAAAACAUAAAACAUCAGAUUUCAGUAGCUUAAAUGAAUAGUGCAUGAACGGCUUGAACGGUGAAAAUGACCUCCAACAUCUACUCAACAUGUCUCAACUUUGUGUACAAUGCCUUCAAGUCACUCAAGGUUUUUAGCAAAGGCCUGCCUAGCAUGUUUCAGAAGAAAGCAAAUGACACCAAAACAUCUUUAAACAUCCAGCAAAAUAACUAAGGCGGUUUAUAAGAAGCAAUACCUACACCAUAUGAUUUGACAAAUACUGUUCAUCUUGUUAUCCUUGCCUACACAGGUGUAUAAACACCUGUUCACAUCUGUCCUUGGUCAAAAGAUUGUGUAAAGUUGUUCUAGAAACCCCAUUGACAUUACAAACAAGCUUUAACAAUCCUUUCUUAUGACAACAAGGGUAUAAAACACGUCCAUCUGAGAACCACCGUGAAGACCUGUGUAUUGUUUGUUCUUGUUUUGAUGCAACAUAAAGAGUUCCUUCAAUGACCGGUGCUGCUGACAGUGCGGCUCCAAGAGAACAACCAACCACUCAAAAUCAAUGUUCGUGCAGGUUCAAAUGAACGAAAAUGGGUGAGUGAGGAGGAGGGAAUGGAGAGGAAGUAAACUAAAAAAAAAAAAAAAA